UGGCACACCUUGCAAAGAGGGUGAUCUUGUUAAACUGCUAUGACAGCAGAGGCUCGCUGGAAACAGAAAAAUGGUUCAUGUGUUUUUUUGUUUACAAAAGCAAGUUCUAAUUUAGGCAUGGCAAGUCUGACCUCAAUUCAGUCCAUUGCAGUGCAUUGUAAAAACCUCAAUUUGCCUAGCUUAAUCUCACAGGGGCCCUGCUAUUACCAACUGAAAUACCCAUCAUCAUCAUCAUUGUACCUUGUGUGCAAUCAUGCUUUACAAAUGUAUGCAGUAUUUCCAAUUACCCCCCAACAGGAUGAAAACGUUUAUGGACCUACAAUCUUAUCAAAGUCGCUUCAAACUAGGUCUCCUGGAACCAGGUUUCAUGCCGCUGUUGCUGAAAAGGUGGCUUUGUGUUCCUGGAUCUUUAGGCUGACCGUUGCCCUUGUGUUUUGUCUUGCUCUUGUAGAUUCGGUGGAGAGCCUUUCCCAGACUGCCUCCUCUCUGCAGCCCUCCCCUUCGGCCUCCACCCACACCUCCAGGGUCACAGACGACAUCUCGUUCUCGGCGCACGACCUCACCGCCGACACGGACACCAACACCACGGAGGAGAGCCACAGCGAGUCUGACUCCAGUCUGCCCCCGGACUACCUCUUCCUGUCACAGUGCGAGAGCGGAAGAAUCAACAUCCCCAGGUGUAACACCUGGUCACAGACAGACAGGUGGCUGGAGCAGAAUUCGUCAGACAGCGUGUUUGAAGACGUGAUCCUUUCCCCGCUCAGCUCCUAUCAGCCCCCGUCUCCAUUCUCGCCUCUGGACACGGCAUUCUCGUCCUCCACAGACCCUAGCACCUUCACGCCGCUCGAGCGGGGCGCCUCGUCCCGGGACUUCACCUCUUCAUCCCCACUGACUGCCCACGCCCAGCCCCAGAUCUUCCGGUUCGAUAAGAACCUCGUCGCCUCCGCUCUGGGGGGCACUCCAGACGGGAACACGCCCCCGCCACGGCCCCCCAAGCCCAAGAGCUUCUCUGAGCGACGGCAGGAGGAGUUCACGGCCCACACAAUGCUCGUGAACGGAAACGGUGCCUACGCUGUGCCGGCAAGCGGUGUGCAGCGAAGAAUCUCCCUGUCCGGUCUGGAUAACGUCAGGAGAGCUGAAUUUGAAGGGAUCUCUAUAAGGAGCCGGGACAAGAGGCUGAGUCUUAAUUUGCCCAGGAGGGUUCCAGCAUACAGCCCAAGCCCAGUGGACAUACCCGAGGACAGUUAUGUGCCCAUGAACCCUGGAGCCUCUCCCUCCAUCUCUACCUUCGACUGCCCCUCCGACGGGUACAUCCCCAUGAGCCCCACCAGCACAAAGUUCCUGCUGUCCAACGGAAACACAGAACCAGGACCUCCCCCAGUGAAAAGGCACCUGAAGCCCCUCCAGAGAGCAAGACCUCCGCCACUGGAUCUGAGAGGCCUUACCACGAUCAGGGAACAUCCUAUCCAUAUGCCUCUCAUAAGAUCAUCGACAGAGCCCUUUCCUUGCAACCCGGCACCAGGAAGAGCCACAGCCAGUGUCACAUUCGGGGAGGAAGACAGCAGCUUCACACCGGGGGAGCAUUCGCGCAGGAAUUCUCCCAUCAAUACGCACAUUUUCUUUCCUUUGCCGAGAAAAUCUAACCUGGACUAUCUGGCUCUGGACUUCAACUCAGCAUCUCCUUCUCCUGUUCAGAAGAAACCCAUGCUUGCUGAUGAGAUGCGGGUGGACUACGUCCAGGUGGACGAGCAGAAGACACAGGCCCUUCAGAACACUAAGCAGGAGUGGACAGACGUGAGGCAGUCAAAAGUUUGAACGAAACUUUCAAAUUCCUACUGAAAAACUCACCAGCACUGGACCAUGGGGAUACAAGGGAAACCACAGACUAGCUAGUAAGAAAAACCUGGCACCGAGAGAUAUGUUAAUGAUUCAUUCUUCAGGAUCUUCAUAUCUCCAGCCUCAGACUUGUAAACCGGCUUUUCCCUGUAUUUCCAAAAAGAGAAAUAUCCUUGUUUGCAUUACCAAUUCUGAGAGUGCUUGUAAGACCUUGAAUUAUAUUAGGAGUCUGGAGUCAAAUCUGUUUAGAUCAUUACACUAGACACUCUUAUCAGUAGCAUUACCAUUAUCAGCAGUGUUGUGGUCAUGUCUUUUUUAUUUCUGUCCACUCAUUAUCUUUUUGGCUGAAUCUUUCACCCUGGGCUAUUUCAAGUUUAAACUUCUUUUUUUUAAUGUUAUUACACAGCACACUAACACUAAGCUUCACCUAAUAUUUGGUUGCUAUGGGUAUUAUCAUGUGGCAUUAGCCCUUUGAAAAGCAUUAACCUUAGGCAUUCAUCUAUGCAGGAAUACUGUAACCAAACACUGCCAUCUGUGAUAAUAUAACCUUAAAACAUGUUCAAGUAUAUAUAUAUAUAUA